AUAAAUACAAAUUUGAAUGUAAAACUAUUUACACUUCUGUUCAUCACAUUAAAGUAUAAUAUUCAUCAUAUUUUCUGAUCAAACAUUUACUAAAAAAGUUUAUAACAAAGUAAAUACAGACCAAUAGAAGUAAUAUCUGCCUGAUAUUUCAGUGUAAAUACAGAAGAUGCUUCAAUUAAAGUCUGAUAGUUUUAAGAUUUUAGCUGUUUUUAUGUAAGAAACAAACUCAUCAGCAUUUAAUGAUAAAAUUUUACUCUUUGGCUUUUAUAAUACUUCUUCUCUGUUCUUCAUGCAGUACCAAACCGAGUUAAUGUAUAUUUGGAUGCUCCUGAAAACAAUGUGAUGAAUGUYGAAUGUGAACGGUCACAAUAUGGAUUUGGAGCAUUAUAUAAUUUUAAAGGACCUGAGAGGAUUUUCAUAGCGCAUCUUGUUGGUCACAAAGAAGUGAACAGCAGUAAUUGUAGUUUUACAUUUGAAGACCUGAGCUACGUAACCACCUACAAAGUGGAGGUUAUCGCCUUCAAUGGAGUCUUCAAGAGCGAGCCCUCCAUAAAAGAGUUUAAAACCAGCUACCACAUCAGCUUUUACAUCCGGCUCAUCAUCGUCCCCUUCUCAGCUGUGAUGCCUGGUGUGGCCACCUUCAUCCUCAACAGAAAACUCAAACAAAUAAACAAUGAUGAAAAAGAAUAAAGUGACCCAGGUGAGUAACAAAUCMAAAAUGAUAAAUCUCUUCAUUAAAUAGUUGGGAGAGUGACUUUAAAAACAGCUGAGUCAGCAUUUACUACUGAUUAUUUUUCUAUCUUAUUUCCUGUUUAUUGCUGUAGUUUAUGCCGAGGCACAACCUCCUGAAUGACAUCGUGGAAAAAAGGCCUGAUGGACGCUGAAAUCAUUAUUUACAUUUUGUUCUUAUUUAGCAAAAAAUAUUCAACAGCUUGAAGAUGAGUUUAAUAUCUUCAAACAUUAAAUGAACAUAUUGUUAAGUUUAGAGCUCUAUGUUUCAUUUAAAUACUUUCAUUUCUAUAUUUUAAAACUUUGUAACUUUGCUGUGUUUUAGAGAUAUUUUGUCAAUAAUGGAGUUUUUUUUAUUCUUCCCAAGUCUGAAUAAAAACAUAAAUAAAAUAAAAUAAAUGCUUGACUCAUUGAAACCCACGGUUCAAAGUUUGUGUUGCACCUCUGAUGAACAAUUUCAUGCAAAAAUAACCAACCGUCACAGAUCUGUCCCACGCUCGGGGGAAUAUUUUCUGACGUCACAGAAACAGAAUUCAGAGUCUGGAGUCCAGCUCUGCACUAAAACACUAAAUACAAAAGUUUGAUGACUAACCAAACGGUGAAGAAAUGCGACCAACGUAAACAGAGAGAUAACAUCUGACAAAAUUUAAAACAAAAACCACUUCCAGUUCAAAACAGCACUUUAGCAUCAUAUUUGUCAUCCUGUUUGAUAACAAACAGGAUGUUAAAUGCAAGAGAAAAAUCUCAGAGUUCUGCAUAUUCGGUAAAAUCAAAGGAAAUUGAAUGUUUAAAGGGGCAAAAUUAUGUGUUUCUCAGGCAUAUAUUUAAAUAAUAUACCAUAAUAAAG